AGGCUGAAGUCGAUCAACGAGCAGAGCGUGAACCUCCAAAGGAGCUCAACACGCUUCACUUCAUUCUGAAGGAGAGUCCAGCUGUCCUUUCCUUCAGAGGCAAUAGCUACUUCGGAAAAAUUGAUCCCAAUGCCAAAAUUUGCUGGGUCUCGUUCCCAGGGAAGUAUGAAACAGGGUGGGAAUCCCUGAUAAGUCGACACGUCAAGGACUCCGUGGCAUGCGUAUUCCUUUGCGACACUGAGCAUGGGCUUGGGCAGCACUACUUUCCAGAUGACAAUCUGCAGCAAUGUCUCUGCGCACAGAUUUACGGUGAGCGCAACUAUAAAGAUCUGGGAUACCUCCAAGAGGUAAAGCACAUAUGCACCGAUGACGAGAAAUCAGAAAGAAGAAAAAGAGCAGAAGCAAUGAAUGGUCACAUUGUUUUCGGAAAAGCCACUGACAAAGAUAGGGCAAAAGCUCGGCAUCUAUGGGAGCAGAACGGGAAGCGAGCGAGUUGGGGCUGCGCUUGGUUUCAGAAGUGGUUUGACCGAGUCAAGACAGCAGUGGACCUGGGACAAAAACUUAAGGUUGUCUUUUUCCCAGGUCACGUAGGCUGUGGCAAAGUCCCCUGGACAAUGCUUCCAAAGGUGAACCUUUGGGAUGGAAUUGGGUGCGGUGGCUCCCAAAAGGGGGAAAUUGCCAAGCUGGAUGAGAUGCGGCGCACAGAUCGCAGAUGGGAUUACGACGAAGUCGAUGUGACGGAAUUCUUGGCUGAACAGUUCAAACCUGGUGACAUUGUCGACGCAUUUGACCUGGAUCAGAAUAGUUUUGUCACAGCUGAGCUUCUCCAAACGCCUGUUUCUGACUCCAAGAACCACCAUGACCAUCAUGAUAUGAAAUGGCAGGUGAUGUGCAAUAAAACAGGGAAACACUUUGAGACCAAGCGUCUGCGGCACGCCACAGACUUUUUUGAGAAACUCUUGGAGCUGAAUGUAUUUGGAAAGGACUCUUUGAAGAAGAUCGUGCAGGAUGUAACGAAACUCCAUGUAAAGUCUGUACACGAGUCGCGGCUUCAGAAUGGUAUGCCUUGCUUGGCAGUGGAUUUUGACAUUCAAAACAUUCAAGAAAAACACCGGCUGAGAGAUGCAGUGCUAAGUGAUGACAUUGCCUUUCUACUGAACAAUGCUUUAGAAAAGCGUGGAAUUACAGAAGAGCUGGCCGUGGACAAAACAUCGUUUUUCAAUCAGUAUGCAGCAAGUCUUUUGUCUUCCUCACAGCUGACAAAUCACCAGGCAGAGAAACUCAAAGAACUUUCCAGGUAUUUACAUGAAGACGUCCAUUUGUCAGCCCCGGCUGGAGCGGGGAAAUCGUUUUUGGCAAUCCGGCAUGCAAUCAGCAAACUGAGUUCCAGCAGUCAGGGGAAGAUUCUAUUCAUCUCCCCGAACCGAUCUCUGGGUUUUUAUUUCGUCCGCUGGCUCCUCACAUAUGCAAAAUCAUCGCUGCCAACGAUGUCCAGGAACAAGCUCUUACAAAGACUUGUUUUGAUGCAUGCACCCUAUGACAGAUUCACGGGAGUACACAUUGAAGAUUGCCAAAUUGUUCUGCAGGAAUUGACGAUGAUGCCGGGUGACUUGGUUCUCGCAGUUUUUGAUGAAGGACAUGAAAUAUUCAGAACGAACCAAAGGUUAUUCCAGGAAGUUCGUGCCCAGCACAAGUUGAUUCUCUCAGACCUUUCCCAGUCCUUCUUACUGGACAACAAUUAUCCUGAGAUGCGCCGGGUGAACCUCACGGAGGUUGUCCGUAGCACAAAACGAGUUGCCUUUGGAGCAAACGCAUUUCAGCUGCAAGAUGGUGAGCCAACUACAUGUCUUGGCACAACUGGCCCUCCACUGAAGUCAUUUAUUUUCGAGGUGCCCGAAGGGUAUGAUGGUGAUUUGUUUGCGCACUUUGCCCAAAACACAGUGGAAGCUCUGUGGUUCAUUCUGCAAAGGCACCCCAGCAUGCGGCUUGAUCGGCACGUUGCAUUGCUUGUGCCAGACGAACAUUUUCACAUGAUUUUCAAGUCACAUCUUGAGGAGCGCUUGGAGGCAGUUUUCGCGCCAACUUACAACAUACAGUUGGUUUCCUUUGAGGAAUCUUUACGUUUCUUACCAGAGGCUGUAGAUCAGGACCGGAGGGAGGAUGAACUCAUCCUCGACUGGGACACCAAUGCCAAAGGGUUGGAGCAGCUCUUUAUCAUUUGCAUUGGCUUUGAUGCGCAAAUCACUGGUGACACUGACAAUUUCACCAGAGCGCGUCUUUAUCAUGCUAUGACUCGAGCACAGCUCCAAGCCAUUGUUGUCGACCGAUUCAUCCGUGGUGGUUGGUUGGAGUUUCUCAAUGCUUUGAAACUCAAAGAGACGACCUUUCAAGCGGAUGAUGCAAAACUGGAGAUCAAGAAGGAUGCAGCUUUCAAAAUAGUGGAAGAAACCACUCAAUCCGAAGCUGAUUCACGUCCAGAAGCGGCCACCAAGGAACCUGCUUCAUCCAUGGGCCAAACAGCAAAAAUCACUGC